AUGGCCGAAAGUGCUGUCAUGUUUUUAGUUUGCAAGCUUAAGACGUUACUUGAAGAAGAGGUGAACCUAUUGUCAGGGAUCAAAGCACAGGUCGAGGAAAUGGUUGAUGAAUUAGAGCGCAUCCAGGCGUUCUUAAAGGCUGCUGAUGCAAAGGAAGACAGGGAUCCUCAGAAAAAAGUGUGGGUUAAUCAAGUCAGAAAUGUGGCUCACGAGAUGGAAGAUACCCUUGAUAUAUUCAGGCACUCGCAUUCACAUGAUCACGGGCGUGGAUUUCUUGCUUCUCUUCAUAAGCUUUAUUACAUCACCAAGAAAUGGAAAGCUCGUCGACAAGUUGCUGCUGAUAUUGAAGGCCUAAAGAAUAGGAUCAAGAGUCUCGAGAGAAACAAAUUUGUUGAUCCAACUGGCUCCACCUCUGCACAUCAGGUUCCAUAUCAGUUCACUCCAGGGGAUGCCACUUUACUAGAAGAGGCUGAGCUGGUGGCGAUCGGUGAGCCGAAAAGGAAACUUUUUGAGUUGCUUAUGAAGGAAGAAUCAACACGCCAGGUGGUUCCUAUAGUUGGUAUGGGAGGACUGGGAAAAACUACCUUGGUAAAGCAAUUGUACGAGGAUGCCAAAGUUCAGAAGCAUUUUAAGAUACAUGCUUGGAUCACUGUCUCUCGGUCAUGCCAUAUGAAUAAGCUCCUAAGACGCAUGAUCCAUGAGAUAUUCAAUGUUAUCAGAAAACCAGUUCCUCAAGAUGAAGAAAUUGAAAGCAUGGACGACAACAAGCUUAGAGAGAGAAUCAGAAAAUUGCUACAGCAUAGUAGGUACCUGAUUGUUCUGGAUGACCUAUGGAAUACAGCUGACUGGAAUGCCAUCAAUCAUGCAAUGCCAAACAACAAUCAUGGUAGUCGAGUAAUGCUCACUACUCGCAAUGUCAAAGUAGCCUCUGCCUCUUGCUUGGAGAACCCUGCUGACAUGAUCUACCGUUUACAGCCCUUAUCGCUGGAAGAUUCGUGGACUCUUUUCUGCAGGAAGACAUUUCGUGGAAGUCCAUGCCCUCCAAAUCUGGAAGAAAUUUGUCCAUCCAUCCUAACGAAAUGUGAGGGACUACCCCUUGCUAUUGUAGCACUGGGAGCUGUUCUAGCUUUGAAAGACCAGACAAAUGUAGAUGAAUGGACUGAUGUUUGUGGAAGUAUUGGAGCUGAAAUUCAGGAAAAUGAACAGCUUGACAAUAUGACAAAGGUGCUGUAUCUCAGUUUCAGUGAUUUACCAUACCAUCUGAAGUCAUGUUUCUUGUAUCUGAGCAUGUUUCCUGAUAUCUACAAAAUUGAUCAUAUGAAAUUAAUUCGAUUGUGGUUAGCUGAAGGAUUUAUUAUUGAAACCGGAGGAAGGACACCGGAAGAAGUUGCACAGAGUUACAUAAAGGAGCUAUGGGACAGAAGUUUGAUUCAAGCAACAGAAACAGCAACUGAUGGGCGAGUUAAAUCCUAUCGCAUCCAUGAUCUUUUACGGGAGAUUAUCAUUUCAAAGUCUAGGGAGCAAAAUUUUGCAGCUGUAGAGAGAGAAGAAAGCACAACGUGGUCUGACAAAGUUCGACGACUAUCAAUAGUUAAUACAUUGCAGAAUGUCCAAAAGAAAAAGACUCGAUCUAAACUUCGCUCUUUGCUCAUCUUUGGGGUAGAAGAUUCACUAAAUGAUUUUUCCAUAACAAAAUUGUUUCCAACAGGUCUUCAGCUGCUCACUGUAUUAGACUUGGAAGGUGCACAUCUACAGGAGUUUCCAAAAGAGGUUGUGAAGCUGGUCUUUCUCAAGUACCUUAGCUUGAGGAAUAGCAAGGUGAAACAAAUUCCAAGCUCCAUCAAGAAGCUAAGAUACCUAGAGACUCUCGACCUUAAACACUCCCAUGUUGUUGAAUUGCCUGUUGAAAUUUUGUAUUUGAAGCAACUUCGUCAUCUCCUGGUGUAUCGUUAUGAAGUUGAAUCCUAUGCACGAUUUAAUGCCAAAUAUGGAGUUAAGCUUCCUGCAGGAAUAUGUAGCUUGCAAUCUCUUCAAAAGCUUUGUUUUAUAGAGGCAAAUCAAUGCAGUGGUGGUUUCAUGGCAGAGCUAGGGGGAAUGAAUCAAUUGAGGAGGUUAGGCAUUUUGAAGUUGAGACAAGAAGAUGGGGAAAUCUUAUGCUCAUCCAUCCAAAAGAUGAAAAAUCUUCGCUCAUUGUCUGUAUCAUCUGGAGAGUUUGAUGGGUUAAUUGAUUUGAGCUACAUGCCUAGUGCUCCUAAGUUUCUUCGGCGAUUAUACUUGACAGGUCGUUUAGCUAACUUACCACACUGGCUACCUGCGCUUCAAAACCUGGUCAGACUGUUUCUAAAAUGGAGUCGGCUGACGGAAGAUCCUCUAGUGCAUCUUCAGGGUUUACCAAAUCUGGUACAUCUUGAACUGCUACAAGUUUUUGAUGGAGAAAGCUUGCACUUUAAGGCAGGAGGGUUUCCAAGGCUGAAGUUAUUAGGCAUUGAUAAGUUGGAUGAACUUCAAUCAAUAACCAUAGAUGAGGGAGCAAUGCCUUGUCUAGAAAAGCUUAUUAUCCAGCGGUGUGAAUCACUGAAGAAGGUUCCACAUGGUAUUGAGCAUUUAAACAGUUUAAAGUUGCUCGAAUUUUUCGAUAUGCCAGAUAAAUUCAUCACGGCACUAAAUCCAGAUUGUGGAGAAGAUCAUUGGAGAGUCGCUCAUGUCCCGGCAGUUUAUUAUUCCUAUUGGAAAGUUGGUGGUUGGGAUGUGUUUUCAUUAGUCAAUGACGGGGAGGGAUUUCAUCAAGGUACUUCUGCAAUGAGGAGGCUUGAACCUAAUAUACUAUGGAAGGUAUAG